GAUUCUGAUUCGACGCCGGUCUAAGGCGGUGUCCGCGGUGCUCGUAAAUUAGUAUUUGACGUCCUAUUUCUUAGCUAUUGCAGUUUUACCACUCACCGCCCCACUCUUCUUCCCUACUAUUUAUAGCAAAGUUGUACUAUCUGGAAAACUUGGAUGUUGUCGAGGGGGCUGGUUUCUCAGAGAAUAUUCUCUGGUUUCACUCUAGCACUCUAUUCUCGUUCUUCUUCCUCUUCGCAUUAUCAUUCUUCACCUCAUCAUCUAAUUUCUUCCAGAAGCUUUCUUCUUCUCCGGUCUCGCUCCAUCUCUUUCAGCAGCUCACUGGUUCACUCCACCAUGCAACGGAAACAGCCAAGGAGUGCAGCUAGAGGACAAAGAUGGAUAGAGAAGCCAAAAUCUGACAGGCCUUCAUCAACUGCGAAAGAGGUUUCUUCUGUAGGAGGUGUGGAAGCUGUGACUGAUAAAUUUAGUUCAUUAAGCAUUCCUCAAAAUGAUGGAGAGUCCAGUGUUCCUCCCCCAGAUCAACAGUUUGCCGGGGUAGGAUUGGUGAACAACAAUCCGAGACAGGGCGUUUGGGAGACGAAGUCAUAUGGAACAACAAGUGGGGCAACGGCUGUAGAAGUUGAAAAAGGACCAGCUGCUCAAGUGGUGGGUCCGGCUCAGGGGGGUGAAGCUCAAGCAGCAUCAGGUGGAUUAAAUAAUGCUGUCUUGAGCAAAUUGUUUAAGGGUAAUUUACUGGACAACUUCACUGUGGACAAUUCAACAUACUCGCAUGCGCAAAUAAGAGCUACCUUUUACCCCAAAUUUGAAAAUGAGAAGUCUGAUCAUGAGAUUAGAGUAAGAAUGAUAGAGAUGGUGUCGAAAGGCUUGGCCACAUUGGAGGUAUCACUCAAGCAUUCUGGAUCUCUUUUCAUGUAUGCUGGACAUGAGGGAGGAGCAUAUGCUAAGAACAGCUUUGGCAACGUUUACACUGCUGUUGGUGUUUUUGUGCUUGGGAGGACUUUUCACAAGGCAUGGGGUGCUCAAGCAACCAAGAAGCAAGCAGAGUUCAAUGAAUUUCUCAAUCGGAAUCGCAUGUGCAUAUCAAUGGAACUGGUAACUGCUGUACUAGGAGACCAUGGACAACGUCCUCGAGAAGAUUAUGUGGUUGUGACAGCAGUCACAGAAUUGGGCAUUGGGAGACCAAAAUUUUAUUCUACUCCAGAAAUAAUAGCUUUUUGCCGGAAGUGGCGUCUUCCAACAAAUCAUGUCUGGUUGCUCUCCACCAGGAAGUCGGUGACAUCCUUUUUUGCUGCAUACGAUGCAUUGUGUGAAGAAGGAACAGCAUCUCCUGUUUGUCAGGCUCUUGACGAAGUUGCAGAUAUAUCUGUUCCAGGAUCAAUAGACCACAUAAAGGUACAAGGCGAAAUUUUAGAAGGUCUUGUGGCUCGCAUAGUAAGCCAUGAAAGUUCAAAAGACAUGGAACAAGUUCUAAGGGAUUUUCCUUUACCUACUGUGGAUGAAGAUGCAAAAGAUUUAGGAGCUAGCCUGCGAGAAAUUUGUGCUGCAAAUAGAUCUGAUGAGAAGCAGCAAAUCAAGGCACUUCUGCAGAGCGUUGGCACUUCCUUCUGCCCAAACUAUCUGGAUUGGUUUGGGAAUGAAGGGUCCGACCCACAUUCAAGAAAUGUUGAUCGUUCGGCUCUUACAAAGUUCCUGCAAGCACAGCCUGCUGAUUUUUCUACAAUAAAGUUGCAGGAAAUGAUUCGCUUGAUGCGCGAAAAACGCUAUCCAGCUGCUUUUAAAUUGUACCAUAACUAUCAAAAGAUCAACUCUGUCUCUAGCAAUAAUCUUCAUUUCAAAAUGGUGAUCCAUGUACACAGUGAUUCAGCAUUUCGGCGAUAUCAAAAAGAGAUGAGGAACAAACCAGGACUGUGGCCACUUUAUCGAGGUUUCUUUGUCGACUUAAACUUAUUCAAGGCAGACAAGGAAAAGGCAGCUGAAAUUGCUGGAACGGAGAAGGGUGCAAAAAAAGUUGAUGAGAAUAAUGGCACUUUCACAAAUGAGAGUUUAGCUGAUGAAGAUGCAAAUCUGAUGAUCAAGUUGAAAUUUCUCACAUAUAAGUUGCGAACCUUUUUGAUCAGGAAUGGCUUGUCUAUUCUCUUUAAAGAAGGUCCAUCUGCCUACAAAGCCUACUAUUUGAGACAAAUGAAGAUAUGGAAUACUUCACCUACAAAGCAAAGGGAAUUGAGCAAAAUGCUCGAUGAAUGGGCAGUAUACAUACGCAGAAAGUAUGGACACAAAAUGCUGUCUUCUUCUGUAUACCUUAGUGAGGCUGAGCCUUUUCUGGAGCAAUAUGCAAAGCGCAGUCCACAAAAUCAAGCUUUGAUAGGAUCUGCUGGAAACUUAGUAAGAUCAGAAGACUUCUUGGCCAUUAUUGAGGGAGGAAGAGAUGAAGAGGGUGACCUUGAGCAAGAGAGGGAUGCAGGACCAGUAACUACAGUUAAGGACAGAGUUGCCAAGGAUGAGGGCCUCAUUGUCUUCUUUCCAGGAAUACCUGGUUGUGCAAAAUCUGCGCUUUGUAGGGAAAUUUUAAAUGCCCCUGGAGUCCUUGAGGAUGACCGACCAGUUAACACUUUGAUGGGUGAUCUUAUAAAAGGUAGGUAUUGGCAGAAGGUUGCUGAUGAACGCCGGAGAAAGCCUUAUUCGAUAAUGCUUGCCGACAAGAAUGCACCGAACGAGGAAGUUUGGAAACAGAUUGAGGACAUGUGCCGACGCACCAAAGCUUCUGCAGUUCCGGUCGUACCAGAUUCAGAAGGAACCGAAUCAAAUCCAUUUUCACUUGACGCACUUGCUGUUUUCAUACAUCGAGUGCUUCGCCGUGUUAAUCAUCCGGGGAACCUUGACAAGUCCUCUCCAAAUGUUGGCUAUGUGUUGCUGAUGUUUUACCACCUUUACCAGGGCAAGAGCCGCAAGGAGUUUGAGGCCGAGUUAAUUGAACGUUUUGGCUCUCUUGUGAAGAUGCCUUUACUGAAGCCUAAUAGGUCUCCUCUACCUGUUUCUGUGAGUUCUGUUUUGGAAGAGGGGAUAAACCUGUACAAGCUUCACACAAUCAGGCAUGGAAGAUUGGAGUCAACCAAAGGAACCUAUGCAACAGAAUGGACUAAAUGGGAGAAGGAAUUGCGAGAGAUUUUAUCAAGCAAUUCUGAGUACCUUGAUUCGGUGCAGGUUCCAUUUGAAUUUGCUGUCAAGCAAGUCUUGGAACAACUAAAAGCAGUUGCAAAGGGUGAGUAUUCAGCACCAGUAAUUGAGAAAAGAAGGCUUGGGGCUAUUGUAUACGCUGCUGUGAGUUUGCCUGUUGCAGAAAUCCAUGAAUUCCUCCAAAGGAUAGCUGAGAAGGAUCCUGACGUUGAAACCUUCUUCAAGGAGAAAAACCUGAAGGAUAGUCUCACAAAAGCUCAUGUGACGCUGGCUCACAAGAGAAGUCAUGGUGUUACUGCUGUUGCAAAUUAUGGCUCGUUUCUUAAUCAAAAGGUACCUGUGGAUAUAACUGCGCUACUAUUUUCUGGGAAAUUGGCAGCAUUAGAAGCUCACACAGGCUCGGUAAAUGGUGAAAAGAUAACUUCUAAAAACCAGUGGCCUCAUGUCACAUUAUGGACUGGUGAAGGAGUUGCAGCCAAAGAUGCCAACGCAUUGCCACAGUUAGUUACGGAAGGGAAGGCUACUCGUGUAGGGAUUGAUCCCCCCAUCACGAUAACUGGCGUCCUACAAUUCUUUUAAGUUCCAUGUUUCAAGAUAAUCUAGGCCAUGCAGUUACCCGAGUACAAAGUGGCCUUUUGAGCAUUUUUGGCGGAUUCCAUGUAUAUAAUAAGCCGAGCUGAUACAGUUUUGUAGUCUGUAUUUGCAGUUCCAUAGGAAUUAUACAUGCCUCGACUCCGCAAAUAAGAGAAAAAAAAAUGCAAAAUUUCAGAUCCUUUCCACUCUCACGGACUUGAGAAAGGAGACCAUGCUUUGCAGUUGGAGGGAUGGAUCAUGGAAUAUCGACAGUCUGUGGAGUUGUCACGGCAUUUUGAUUCACAAUUCUUUGCUCUUCUGUUUUCUUUUUCUUUUUUUUUUUUUAUAGGGUCCUAGCUUUAUUUGAGUGGGAAAUCUUUUGGUAGGGAGCAGAAAUCCAGAAACGGUCAACAAUUUCGUAUAAGUUGCAGUUUAAUGUUCAUGAGCCGGGGCGUUGUUGUGUCUCUAUGCUCGCAUUCUAAAUAUGGUUAGUAAUAACAUUUUGCCCCCUCAAUGAAAAACAAUAAGCUCUUUGCCUACUUGAGAAUA